AGGGUGAAAAGGAACUGGUACCGCAAAAUGGCGGUUUUUUCUCUCGUCGUCGUCGUCGCUCGUUGUUCGUGUCUCGUUCGUUCUCGUUCGUCUCGUCGUUUUGUCAGCGUCGCGGCAACGUCGCGCCGUUGCGCGUUAGAAAGUGUGCAGUGAUGCUAGUUGUAAGUUUUUCAAUCGAAGCAAUCUGGUUGCUAAGUGUUGCCAAUAAAUCUGACACUUCCAGCAACCAACAUACUCCCCCGGGCUGGGAAGAAGUUUCCAGCCAAACUAGUUACUUGCGCAGGAACGGGUUACAAAUGGCCAAACCUACGUUGACCGGAAAUUGGGGCUGCAGUUCACCGUGUACGGAACCUUGUCCAGCAAUGACCCAACCAAGCAAUCGGAAGAACAUCGUGACUCCCAGGAGCAUAUCGAUUCGGUUCGGCUUGUGGAAAUCCGGGUCUGCCAGCUGGGUACCAAUGGGUAUUGGCCACUCCGUGAUGUCAACCGGCGAAGACGGCACCGUUCCGGUCACUUUCGGAACGACGAAACACUGUGCGUUUGCGGUAAAGUUGCUGACCCGUGACUGAAGCUGAACAAUUACGGACUCCUUGGCGUAGGUCUUAACAUCCCCGAUGCCGCAGAUGGGAACGUUUGAAGCCGUUUUUGGCAACUUCAGUCGAGCUGCCAUGGAUUUUGAAAUAAAGUUUACCUGUGAUCCGCUGUCCAUAAGGAUGCGACACGGCACAGGUUGGUUCUCGUUGUCACGCAAAGUGACCAGUGCUGUGGGCAACAUGGCGUUGACCAUCGGUGCUUUGUGACAGGAUGGUGAGGGUUGCG